AAAUUGCGUUCGGCUCGGGCAAGCCCGUAGAUCAACGACUCUUCCUUGUUUCCAGCGAUUGCAAGUAGUAGAGCAAUCGAGUAUUUAUUGCUUACGCUUUGGCGAGAUUCUAUUAGAUUCUAGAGUUCCAUAGUCUGGACUCGAAAGCGGCCACUUCUCCCAUUAGUUUUUUGGCAUCUCAUCUUUUUCGACGACGUUCGCUCCACAGCAAGAUGGUGCAAUUUAACAAGAUGUUCGUCAUGCUUCCGGUCAUGUUUGCGGCUCGCAAACUUGAUGGAGAGGAUCCCAACAUCGUGAAUAUGCUGCGAAUUGCGUACGCCGUUAUGCAGGUGGUUUGUGUUUCGGCGGUCCUUUACGUUUAUCUCAAAGCCCAGGCAAUCAAGGACGACAAGGUCGUUUACGUUCCCCCGGCAGCCACGCCGUUUGCCGAUCCCAACGCCAAGAAAAAGUACACUGAAGUAGCGUACGGUGCUCACGUGGUAUCGACGGCGCGAUCCUUGGUCGGAUCCACCCUUUUCGGCGUGGCGCUGACCGUGGGUCUGCACGUGUACAAGGGCAUGGUCGUAGGCCUCGCUAUUCAAACCGUCAUGGGUCCCUUGAACCUCGCCGAGAACGCCCUCGUCAAGGCGCUCUUCCUCGGGCAGGGUAUUGCGCCGGAGCACAAGAUUUUCGACGAAAAGACGGCGGAUGAUCUCACGCCCGACGACGAAGUCGUGGAUGGAUCCGGAAACAUUGUGGUCCGGAAUGCGGGUACGGCUGUUAAAGACAAGGAAGCCAAGAAGUCUUUGGAAGACAUCCUGUUGGAUACCUGGGAUGCCGGUGCCAAGGCCGACCUCGGAUCUCUGAUGGAAGCCUUAAACAAAAAGAAUUGCAAUUAUCAAACGAAAGCGGAUCACUGGACGCCCAUUAUGAUUCUGGCUGGAUUAGGGGCGAAGGGCACGGCGAGCGCCAUUCGAGCCGUCUUGGACAUGGGAGCCAAUCCAGCUGUAGUCGACGUCGAAGGAUGGAAUGCAUUACAUUGGGCCGCCUUUCAUAACAGUGCGGAAGGAGCCCGCGCACUGACCUCGGAGACACAGCUACUCAAGGUACAAGAUAAGGAAGGAAAUACACCGGUGGAGACGGCACGAAAGGAAGGCAACGACGAAGUAGCCAACAUCUUAGAAGCAGCCCUGGGCGAGAAUAAGAAAAGUAAAUAA